GCCAUGAAUAAAUGUGGCGCUUCGUCAGCUAUCUCUACACCAGCACACAUGAAAAGUCACCGUCGCGUGGUGCGAAAGCCGGCCUGUUACGCUCCGCUGGAAGUAGUGAAAUCGGUGCAGAUAUGUGCCCGCGAACUCGACGCUAUCGCUACUGGAGGAACAAGGUGCGACGUGGAGCAGCCAGGACCACCAGAUAUCGGGACGGACACGGACACGCUAUUUGGCAGCGCCCCUUGUGUAACAGGCAUUGCAUCGGGACGUGGUAACUCGAACUCCGCCCACGCAACAGACUCCCUGGCAAGGUCAGAUGUGUCGCCCUGGCCUUGGGUGACUUUGUUUGGUGCGCUUCAUUAUGCUGAUCAGCGCUGACGUAGCCUUUGCUUCUCGCAUCUUUCAAAAAUCUUCGUGCUCACAUUAGGCGUGCUAUGUAUGCAUGGGGGACAGCGCAGCUAUGAUAAAGCCUUCAGCUGCAGAUACGUCUCACCACGUCUCCUCUGAAGAUGAAUUUGUUACCUUCACGUUCGGAAAAGUGAUGGAGGCCGCUCCUUCACGACCAAUUCCGUUUCACGGCUAGCGGCUCCUCGCCCUGAAAACAUUUGCAUUGCACAUGAACAUGAUGAUCACCAGCUAUAAUUUGUUCGUAGUGGUACUACGUGUUUGUCCUCAGGGUCAUGACGAUCGCGACCUUGGCUUGAAUGAUGCGGCAUCAUGCCAGCGCUUCUACAUUCUAAUACUGACACCACGUGGCAUCAGCCGACUCUGAUGAGGUAGGAAAGCAGAUUUUACGUUUGGCCGAACAAUUGUGGCUAUCAAGCAGAAAAGUACACCAAUACAACUUCUACAGCAGGCCUGCAUUUGUGUUGCACUUUUUCUUGCGCGGCUAAGAAUUUUGAUUAUACCGUCAAAGUCGAGCCGCGCGACGUGGUGGUGCUGGUGGUGGUCGCAAAUAAUGAUAGCUUAUCUGACAUGCAGCAGCAGCUAGAUGGGGAACAUUGUAACGCGAGCCAGGCAAUAUCUGCCCCAAGAAAUUGUCAUGCUGAACGGACAGCAUGCAGGAGAAGACGGGCCACACCCACACUUAACAAUUUUGCGCUCGCGCCGCGGAAAAUUGCACGGUGUACGUUUCUGAAGGAUAGUGAUCGUCACCCUUGUCAUCCCUGCUGUUGAGGAACGAAGCUGGUGGCGAUGGCGGACAUCGACGCUCUGACACCGAACAAAAUCAAAAGCGCGCCGCCCGUGUGAUGCAGGUGGACGAGAGGCAAAGAACUACCAUUAGCAUUACACGGUCGAAGGAGGACGAGGACUCACACUCAUCAGAUCGAAAAAGUGGAGGUGGAUGCUAUGUCACAAGGCAAAGGAAAGGACGAGGAAGACCACGUCAGCGAGGAACUGCGCGUUGUGUAGGGGAUGGUAUGAUUCGGGCGAGCCGCUAGAGCACUCUACUUGCCUCGUUCUUUCUGAGUUAUAUAUGAUUUCCUUCGCUUCCUUUUGGGUUGGCAUUCGCAGUUUUUUCCCCGCCGCCCGUGGAUGUGGAAGUUAGUGGUAAUAAAGUGAAGGAACUGCAUUCAAUUUCAAGUGCAUGUGUUUAUUUACGACAUUUAUACCCUUUGAUUAAGAUUUCGACAAUGUGUGCAGUUGCUAUUCCUAAGCAAGAGACACAACCAGAGAACGUCUAGGUCGAGUAGAGCGAGAGGCUCUCCCCAGCCAUACGCACGGACGUAGAUGUUCUACCGGCUUUCCACGCUGCGUUGGUCGCACUCUCUGCUGCCGCCGGAGGGGCAGCUGCAACAUUGACGCGAACAAGGACUGGUGCUGGCUUCCGCAGUGCAGCGGCCAAGAUACCAACGAUUUCCAUGCAAGCCGAACGAUCUUUCGGCGUCCUCGGUGUUGCUCCUGGACGACGAGAGGACCGAGAGGGUGCAGGUCGUGACCGUGAGCACGACGCGCGGCGUGCGCUAGGAGACUGGAACUGGACUGACCCUGAAGGCGAGACGAGCAUUGUUGUGCGAAAAGACAGCGCCACGGGUCGUGCUCCAGUCAACAUAUCGAGUGAAGCGAAUAAUCCAACGAUCGAAAAGUUCUUCGACUUCUUUCACCGGAUACCUCGUAGUGCGCGAACGGUGCGCACCUUCAAUAUCGCACUAGCGGCUAUAAAGAAGGCCCCGCACACACAAAUUACGGAUAAGCACGACGCCGCGGAACAGUUGUACGCCGACCUUCUAGCUGGCGGCGCACGUCCAGGUAUUGAUGGGCUUCGCCUAUGCAUUGCAAAUAUUCCACAAGUAUCGCACAUGUACAAAGAAAAAAGUGUGACGUGAAGGACACUGCGAAGCAGCACCUCCGCGCGACUGAUAUAAUGAGUAAAAAUCGUGACUACUUCUUCAGAGGAAAAUGCUCCUCUCGCCGUCCUGAGAAUGAAAUUUUGUUUGAGUUGUUUGCUUCUAUUUUGCAAGAGAAGUCCGAUACUUGUUUUGCACAGGAUCUCAUCUCAGUCCAGAUGAUACGACGUGGAACACUUUAUUGGCGUGCUGUCGCCCGUUGGCAAGCACCCCGGCAGGGCAGAUAAGUGCGGACUUCUUCACCGAGCAGAAGGUCGAUCAACAUGGCGUUUGUGAUGGAAAUACACUACAUGCACCUCUGGCAGAUCAUAUGUCGGAGGUACGUUUGUGUAGCAGCGAAGUUGGAGCACAACUGCUCUCGACUCCCGGGCACAAUAAAGGCACGCUUUCAGGAACAAUAGUUGGUCUGACUCCGAACACCUCUGAUCAUGCUCUGCAGAGGUGCCACCUGCCCUCGCCCCUGGCCAUGUUUGCGUUUGUGAAGCACCCGUCCGCAAUUACUCUCGCGGGGAUUCUCCGCGCCUGUCGAUUUCAGCCCGCUGAUGCGCUGCGCUUUCACUUCCGAAUGCUCUACUGCAUUCCCGGGGCCUUCUCGGUCCAGGCCAGUACCUGCUUGCUUACAGCACUGAGAAUAGCGGGCCAACCCUUUCUGGCCUACGUCGCGGGAUACCAAGACUUGCUUCGGGCUCGGGUCGUGAUUCCGCCUGAAGACGAGGACGAAGGGCACGACCACCAAGUUGCAGCGGCCGAAGAACCGGCGGAAGAGCCACGACCUAAAAGCGAACUUAUCGCACGCCCAAAUGAGAAUGACGAGGGCCGCACAAGCUGGGGACGCGACCGAGAGAUGGCCCCGCCCAGUGUCCACGACCAGCAACGGAUGAUAUUGAUAUGCAUUCUGCGAAUAUGUCGUGGUCUAUUAGAAAGUUGUGAUGCCAGCUGAAAUGCGCAGCCAAGCCCAAGCGUGGUCACAGGUUUGUUUUGUUAAAAUUGAUUUUGCGCGGCUUCGUGUUGCGUUUCCGCAGGCAUGACAAAAUGAAAUUUAGACUAUAUAAACGUCAUUUUUGCAUAAACAAGUCGUUACAGGUGAGGAGCCCUUCGUGGCCAUGCAGUGCAGAGCUGAAAGUCAUGCCACCUGGAGGGCGAACUGCCAGGGCCUGCUUCUGGUACCAUAUGUAUCAUGCCAUACACGCACGGCAAAUCUUGCCAUAAUGUUCCAGACCCAGACAUAUUUGCAUUCGGUAGAUUACAAGACGUCGUAACGCCAGACAAGCUGCGCUCCAAUUCUUCGACGUGGAAUACUUUAUCCACCUCGUCGCUGCAAUCGCCGCACCGGUGCGUCUACUUCGAAGUCAAAGGAACAAGCCAAUCAAACCUGCAGAUCCAGAUAUUGCUGCACCAUCGCAGCACGUAACCGAACCCAAAGGGAAAGAAGCUGUAGUUGGAGGUGCGGUUCACCGCCCCCACUCAACACCUUCAGUAGAAACAGAAGGCUCAUCGUCAUCAUCUUCGACUUCUACUACAGCAGAAACUCUUGUACAGGCUGGUGGGGGAACUACUUCUACUACCGGUAUGACAAGAAGUCGUAGUGAUUGCAUCGACGAAACAAGACUAGCCGUCCACCCUGAUUUGUUGGGACUUCUCAGGUGCAAGAACGUGGCAGAAGUUUCGGGUGGACAACAACAAUCACACUUAAGAAUCGCAAAGCGGCGUCGCACAGCAUCCGCGCCAUCGGAAAGCGUAUGCUCCUCUGUUCCAUUUGUGCAAGGAAACACCGCAAGGAAGCCAAGACUCUUGUCGCUGUCGAGCCCGGGGUGGUGCACUGUCGGAGUCUCCUGUGAGGACACGCUUUCCGAUGCUUUUGCCUCUACCCCAUUCCCAUUGAACACGUCGCAAGAAAGUGCUACACGCAGAAGGAAAGGGGAAGGCGAAUGCAGCGCUUCCGCGCACAUUGGUGAAACGGCGAGUACUUCUGGAAUGGAGGACCUCUCAAUCGCAGCCGUUUGCGAAGACUUGCAAGUCGCGCUCCUUGCCCAAUUGUGGACUGAAAUUCCCCAUCGCCAUCGUGCGGAUCCACGACUUGUGCUCCGCGUUCUGAAUUGCCUUGUGCAGCCCCGCUUUUUGAAGAGGGGCGCCCGGCGUUGCAGCGCAACUACCCCAGCAGCCGUCGCGCACGCGCGGAAAGUCUACCUGCAGUACCGCGGUAGCAUCCGCGGCCAGCAGUCCUUCUCGUGGAUGUUAACGAGCACCAUCUUAUAUGGAAGCGUCAGGUUUGAAAUCGACAAAGUUGAAAUGAUUUGUCAUGCAUAAAAUGGAUGCCAGUUUUAAGCCUAAUUUCUAAGCGGUGCAUGACAAACUUUGGUGGUCCUUAAAUCCAGCUUGCCAUGCUGCUUAGGCAAAGAAGACUGAUUUUCUCAUGCUACUUUUACUUUAGCAGCUCGAGCUCUAACCCCAAACAGGUUUGCAAUCGGUCUCACUUGCCUGCUCUGGAACACACGUGCCUCGGGUCAUACAUUAUUUUUUUAUGCGUUACAAAUUAUUUCAACUUUGACGAUUUCAACCCUGACGCUUCCAUAUCUCAGUGCACCGACGUAUUGAGGAAGUGGCUCGAUUGCACGGCUUUCGACAAGGAGAAGCAUGAGAAGCAAAACCCUGCGAGAACUGCGAGACGGAGAAUAGAUUCGAGUUACACUUUCCAAAAACUCAAGCGUACUGCUCCAAGAAAAAGUCGCUAAAUCGAAGAACACAAAUGGCAUCGUUUGUGCCUGUACGGGUAAGAAGACGAGAAGUGGAAAAAUUCAAAACUUUGCGGGUUUAAUAAAUGUUAUGCGACAUGCCUAUCUUAUUUUCCGCAAGAUAUAAGUAACGUCGUAUAAAUUCUUCCCAGCAUGACCGUCACCGAGGACAAAAAUACGAAUGCCACAACGUCGCGCGAAGGGGAAAAAUUGCAAUGUAGCUACAGACUGUGACUGGUGCUGGUGGAACAGCAGAUUCAUACACUGUGAGCAGAAACAAGAAGGCGGGUCGUCGACAUUCACCCUAGUGCAUUUUUGGCACCAAGCACCUCUACCUGCACCAACAUGGUCAUGGAUUAUGGAUUAAAGAACAGACUUGCUCUUCUUGUUCAAGACCCACGUUGGGUAAUUUGAAAAGCGGAAUGUUGCACUUGCC